AGGUUGCGUUUCUGGGGGGGGUUAUUUUUAUGGAACACCGCGUUCAUGUGACAUCGUCGUUAUCGAACACAGACGCCGAAGCUGAACUGAAGUAUUGCUGAUUUUUUUUUGUGAUGACAGUAAAAUCAGUGAUGAUGAUGGUUUAUGGAGCUUCUUAGCAAACAGGCUAAAAUGUCCCCGGACAGUUUUAACGUAUUUAAAGUUUUUUUUAGUGAAUUUUAAAGACAGUUUGAGUUAUUUGAUCCGGUUAGAAACAUGGAGCAGACUGACACCUCAGGUCCUGAUCAACACUCCGACUCUGACGGUCAGUUUAACAUCUGUCUUUGUCAUAAAUAUAUAAAAACAAUACAGACUUUAUGUGGGUUUACCUGAAGGUCUUGUUCAUUUAUUUUUAUUACAGGGCGUUCAUCGCGAUGGCGGAACUGGUCCGGGUUUUGGUGAGUGUCCUGUGUUGUUGAAUAUAGCGACAGUACAAAAGAAAAACACUGUUGUGAUGUAUUUUUUAAUGAUUUAAAGUGUUACAUUAUUAUUCAAUAGAAAUGUAAAUUAAGCGAGUUUUGGAGCUUAAGUUCAAACCAAAGUGGUCCUGAGCUUCCUGGUUUCACUUCAGGUUAUUCAAGGACACACAGACAGUGAAGAAUAUAAAGAGUUUAUAUUCUUCAAAGAGGGGCUGCAGUGUCUUAAAAUCACAGUUUUAGUUUUGGAAAUCCUUUAUUCUACCUAUGAAAUUAUAAAAAUAAAAUAAACACAAAGGGACAUUUCACAGCUUUUUUUCAGAUCCAGACCAUACAAUGAAUGUAGAGACACUACAUGAUCCAGACACUCAUGCAGGCAGAAAAUAGAACCAAUAAAUAUUGAAACCUUAAUACUAAACUUGUCACCUCAAGUCUCAACCCUUCUCCUGUGUUAGCUUUCACUACGCACCCACUAUGUUAAGGUUCGGUUUUAACCCGUGUCUUAAAUCAGCUGGAAAUUUCACUAAAAACAAUUUUCUAUCAUUCAGUUUGGUUCUCAUCUCUAGGUUACCUUAUUAUGCUUCAUUUAGUGUUGUGUUAUUCACGAAUGAUUUGUUUAAAAGAACCGAAUCUUUUAAGUGAACAUACUGAACCGAAUCACUUCCUCAAGCAAUUCGUUCAUUUCUCACUUCAGUUGAGCUGAAGUGAGAAACAGCAUUGCCAGUCGAACGAGGGACCACAUGCACCGACGCCUGAAUCACUUGGUGAACAGCAUCCUGUCAUUGCAAUGGUUUGUGAGGAAACGGUGCAUGUUCAGUUUAAAUUCUUCUAAACGUUCAGUGAACGAAUCACACAUUGACCCCAAUUUACCAAGCAGGCCUGGUAAACAGCAUACCAUAGUACAGUACACUAAAAACAUAAUGACUUAUAAACAAGUUCAUUUUUACAAACCUGUUUGCCAGAGCAACACAGCCAAACACUCUCGUCUCCCGGUCCCAGAAGCUCUGAAUUGAACUGAAUCCUGAAACAUUCAGCUGGGUAUCAGUUUAGGAGGUCGAAGUCACAGGCUUUCUCUCUCCAAGUGCCAAAUGAUUCAGUGAUUUGGUGAACGAAUCUUUUGAACAAAUCUUUUUAGUGAACUGAUUCUAGUGAUUCAGUACAUCUAAAAGAACUGCCUUCAUUAGCUUCAUGAAAAUAUUGCUUAUAGCGUUUUUUAAUAUAUUACUGAUCUCACGUCUUGACAUGCAUGACAUUGUUUUUUGUGCAGGAAUAAAAAUGUCAAAAUGAGAAUUUCCUAAAUCUAACAUCAAGUGGAUCUGACUGUCAAUGUGGUGCCUGGCAGUGCACAUAUGAUUUUCGUUUUUGCUCUAAUUAUUAGAUAUUAAUUUAACCGAGUCAACAGCUACCCCAACAGGAAAAGUGUCAUAAUUUUAAUAAGAGCAUUUUAUGAUUUAGUCAAUUUAAUUUUUUUAUUUUAUUUUAUUGAAAUAGAGAGUCCUGACAAAGUCAAAAAGUCUUGAUGCAAAAAAAUUUAAGUGGUUCUUAAAUAAGUUGUUCUGCAUCAAAUGGGUCGGUGCAGACCCUAACACAGGAGGAGGGUUAAACACAUCAACAAUGUGUUCCUUUGUCUAAUGUACAUAUAUAAUUUGUUUGUAUCCAAUUCUUAUGGAUCUGUUCAAGACAAAUAAAUAUUAAAUUUAACUUUUUCUUUUGAAAAAUUCUUGUAAAGAAGUUUUGUACAAAUAUGCAUGAAGUAGCUCUUAUGUUAAAGAUCACUGUCUGUCAGUGUUUCAUGUUGUCAGUUAUUGAUGUAGUUGAUUUUGCUCUCUCUGUCUUAUCUCCUGCUUAUCUCCUCAGGCUCCUCGGAUUGUGCAACAACUUUGCUUAUGUUGUCAUGCUGAGCGCUGCCCACGACAUCCUCAAAAAACAAGAGUCAGGAAACACCACAUUGACCGUAAGAGAGCUAAACUGAGUCUUUGAUACUUUGUUCAUCAUUUUCCAGUAAUUUAAUCCAUGUAACCUUUUCAUACAAAAAAAAAGCUUAAAAAAGCAUUCCCAAUUUUUUAUCCAGGCCCCAGGUACAUUGAGUGUAGAUGGAGGGAACAGCAGCAACAGCAGCCGCUAUGACUGCAACCCUGUCUCCACUGCGGUAAAUAAGAUUCACCACACAACACUGAAUUACUCUGAGAAGUCUGUGUGCUGGCAGAAAAUGACAUGUUGCCCUCUUCUAAGGUUUGGUGGGAGAUGGCACAAAAUAGACAACCUUAUAAAACAUAAAUAAUCCAUCUGAUGAAAGACAAACGUUUAAAGAUGAAUCUCCUUGGUGGAGUGUGUUCACAUAUGACCCCUGAAAAUGGGAACAAAAUAACCAAGGGUGCAAAUUUAAAUCAAAAGUGUGUGUUUUGGAGAUCGGAUUAAAGAGGGGUGUUUUUUGAGGUUUUACCCUGACAAACAUGUCUGCCAAAUCUGGUAGAGAAUAUUUCUUAAGGUAAUUAUGGGACUGAUCUGUUUAUUGGAAAUAUCUACUUGUCUGUUUUUAAUGUAGGGAACAGUGUAUAUUAAUGAACAUGGGUGUGUAAACAUGCAACAAGUAUUAACAUAAAAUUAUAAGUGUACAUAAAACAAAAAAAGCACAGACCAGGCAGCCUGAACUUCAUUAAUUUACAUAUUUAUAAGCCAGGAAGCAAGUUUUGCCAUCCCCUGUGUGCCUGACCCACUGAAAUUGAAAAAUUUUCCCACUUCUGACUUCUUCUAAUCAUCUUUAGAGUCAACAAAAGGGUUUAUACUUUGAAAUGGAAAUAAAGGACAAGUCCUUGAGCUUCAUGAGUAUCUGUGUUUGAUUGCCUAGAGGCUUCGAAUAUUGCAUUAAAAAAUCACAAUAUAUAUCAUGAAGGGCUGUCAAAUGACAGAUUUGUUUUCAUUUGCAUGUACAAAUCUUACCUAUGCUCUUGCAAUGCUUUUGACUUGUUGACCAGGCUGUCUAAGAAGUAUUUUGAAGAUGAAAUGUGCCGAUCAAAAGUGCAGUAGUGUUGUUAUUUUGCACCACAGCAUUAGCAUAAAGAAGGAAGACACUUAGGUGGCAUAGCUACAGUGUGUCGCCCAUGAUUACAGAGGAUAACAGGUUAACUACAGUUUGAACUGCAUCAUAAUAAACAUUUUGACAACUUUUCUUAAAUGUGAAUAAUGACCAUCUCAAAAAAAAGAGAGAGGGGCAAAGUUUUCCUUCAUGGCAGGUCUGAGUGACGGCUCUGAUGUUUUUCUUUGCAGGCUGUCCUGUUAGCCGACAUCCUCCCAACACUCUUCAUCAAACUAAUGGCUCCCUUCUUCAUCCACAAAAUGCCUUAUGGGUAAGAUCACAGGCCUCUUAAGAGAAGACUGACUGUUGUGGCUCUCAAAUUUACAGUGAAUUUAUUCUGACAAGUCUGCUUUACAUUUUGUAAUUUCUUGCCUGUUUCUUUAGCUAUCGAGUGAUAUUCUGCGCCAUCAUGGCAGCAACAAGUUUCCUCCUGGUGUCCCUCUCUUCAGCUGUGUGGAUGAGCAUCCUGGGUAAAUGAAAAAAACUUAAAAUGAAGACCUUAUUUAAACUUUACUGAUAUAUUUUUUUAUCAUUCGUGGUGAAGAAACUGGUCUCUGAUGAUAGAUUAGAUGGAGUUACUUGUUUUGCAGUUUUCUUUAAACUUAUCUUCAGAUUGUGCGAAGUGAUUUCACAGAAACACGACCGCAUCUUUAUGUUUCUUUGAGCUGCUGCAGCCCACUGUUCAUUAAGUUCAAGUUAACUGCAUAUGUUCACUAUUUAGUUUUUACUUUAAACAGAGGGACAAAUUGAUAAUAUGCUUUUAAAGAUACAAUAGAACAUUAGAUUGAAUUGGAUUGAAUUCAUUUCAUUCGAUCAGGAUGUUGCAAGUAACCAUAAAUCCAUUUAAGAGUUUAAGACUGCUGUCUUACAAAGAGAGGGCAGACUUUUGUGAAGUUACUAGUGAAUGUUCAAGCACCAUAAGAAUGUAUUUUGAGUUCAUCUUUCACGUAAUAAAACUGUAGUUAAAUGAAACAAACAUCAAAAACAUGCAUCACUGAUCCAGGUUUCUGUAAUAAUCACUUUUAUUAUUCUUAUUAUCCAUUGAGUAAAGCUGUGGUUCUCAGUAACUAACUUUUUAAAGUUUCUGUCUUAAUCUUGAUUUCUCGUCUAUCAUUACUAUUUUAAAGGCAUUUCCACCUGUCUGUGUUUUCAGGGGUGAUCUUUGCCAGUUGCAGCUCUGGACUUGGAGAACUCUCCUUUCUGUCUCUCACCGUCUUUUACAGCAGGUAAACUAGACCAUACCGUACCAGAUUGUAUUAUAUUGUAUCAUAACACACUGUAGCAAUACCAAAAUGAGACAGAAUGGGACAAAACAUAACAUAACAUAACAUAACAUAACAUAACAUAACAUAACAUAACAUAACAUAACAAAACAUACUUUAGCGUAACAUAUCAGAUUGUAUCGUCUAUCAUAACAUAUCAUAUUAUAUGAUACAUUGCUCAUACGGUAUUAUAUCGUAUGUUUUGUUUUAACAUAACCUUAGAUAUUGUAGGAUAACGUGACCUAACAUAACAGAACAUAGGGCACAUAAUGGAUUGUAUCAUAUCCUAUCAUUACGAAUCUUAUUGUACCGAUUACAUUAUAUUGUAACAUGUUGUAUCUUAACAUAAUCUAAGGAAAGUAAUAUAACAGGGUGUUAUGUAAAGAAACUUACUGUAACAUAAUACAUUGUGGCAUAAUGUAAUGUUAUGUAACAUAACUUAAAGUAACUUAACACCAACCAAAAUUAAGGUAUUGUAUUGUAUUGCAUAACAAAAUGUAUCAUGUCGUAUCUUAUUGUAUCGUAAUAUAUCAUAAUGUAUCAUCAACGUAUCGUUACAUGUAUUUUUUGCCUCACAUCAUUAUUAUUUCAUAAUGUUUUGUAUCAUUUAUCAUUUCGUAUUAUAUCAAAUGUUAUCAUUGUAUUGUAACAUUGCGCAUUGUAUCUUAUUGUAUUGUAACAUAAUCUAAUGUAACGUAUCACAUCAUAAUGUAAUUAGUCAUGCAUUGUAUCUGAGAUUAUUUAUUUAUAUUUUUUUAAUUUAUGUCCAUAUCACAUCAUUGUCUGGUAUCACAGUCUAGUUACCUUGCAGGGAAUCCUCCUUGUCCAAUUUUUUCUUUUGGAGCACAUUAGAUUUAUUAUUUUAUAGAUAUAAAUUCUGGUUUCUCUUACUCCUCAGGGAUGUUCUGGCAGGUUGGGGCUCAGGUACAGGUGGUGCUGGUGUAGCUGGAGCUGUACUCUAUGCCCUUCUCACACAAGUUGGCCUGACUCCACGGGUCACACUCCAAAUCAUGCUGGUGGUCCCCGUCGCCAUGUUGGCAAGGUAAGCGUGGAAGAGGGUACGUCAAAAAGAAAUAACUCUUAAUUUUAGAGGUACUGUCAGUAAAUGUUUCUGUUAUCAGUCCUUCCUUUAAGUUUCUAUCAACCAAAACUCAUUUCUACCUGAACAUUUGUGCAACAAAGCAGAUUUUUGGGUGAUCUGUUGGUAUAAUGAAGUGCACAGAGAGGUGUAAAAAAUCCUCAAAAGGCAUCAACACCACAAACAAAGUGAAGGUCAGUGACUGGAUUAGCUAAUGUGACAUCUAGCAGACAACUGUAGCACCCAGUAGUUGCUGUGAGUGGCUAUGCCUUUUAUUAUAGUAGCUUUAAAUAACCUUGAAACAAUGAAAAAAAUUGUUAUGAAUAAAUGUAUGUCCUGUAAACAGAAUUUAUAAAAUUAAAAAAUGAGCUAUAGAGUCAAUAUAUGUUCUUGUAAUGUACUCCAGGUCUAUCCAACUCUGCUGCAAAGUAGCACAUUUUAGAGUUGGAUCUAAUGGAAACCGGCCUCUAGUGACCACUCUGGAGUAUGACAGCUUUUUUGACACACUCGGAUCAUCUUUAUUUCUUAGCCCUAAAGGCUGUAGACUGUUUUCUUUCAAUCUUAUUCUUAUGACCAUGUUACUUUAGGAGAUAUCAAGAAGGAACAUCUUCAAAUUUGGCUCCGAGUUGACUUUGAAUCACGGGAGAAGUGAUUGGAUUAUGGUGGUCACAGGACGGUCUUUUGCAAAAAGGGUUAAGUGACAGUCACAUGUUUUCUCUCAUAGAAACACAGAGAGACACGGAGAAACAGACUCUUGUUGGUGUCUUUCCUAUUAAGUUUUCUCAUACAGAGUAUUUUGUUUAAUAAAGACUUACAAAGUCAUGUUUUCUUACGGUGUGAUAUAUCUCUUUGUUCAUACCUUCUUUUAUUGUUUGAACUCUGCCAGUGACGUAAUUGUAUGUUUUUUUGUUUUCCAGCUAUUUCCUCCUGCUGGAUCCUCCACCUUCACUACCUCAGUGGAGAAACAGAGAGGCAGAGUUCUCUCCUGUGGACUCAGAGGAGAGACAGAGACUGAUGGAUGAAACAGACGAGGCGGAGAAAUCAACUCUAGGUACAGGCAACAAACUCCCAACAUGUCUAAUGAUGAAAAUGAUCGCUUUUAUUCACAUUAUUGAUAGAGAGAUGGAGCCUUAUGAAGCUUUGGGGCUUCCUGUCUUAUUAAGCCAAAUAUAGUUAAAGCUUUAGAGGAUCAAAUUCAAUAAAACACAGCAAUAUCUGGAGUCUUGGAAAGUGUUUAGAAGCCCUCUUUAAGACAGGCUGAAGACCACAGGAGCUUGAUGAUGAUACAAAAAACAUCUUCUCAGAAGGCCUCUGACCUUUGCCCCAAUCUGAUCACUGAAUAACCAAAUAAACCAAAUAGCUUGUUGCAGUUUGUGGGAGAGACAAUCUGAUCAUAAUGUUGCUUUUAAGGAGGUUUUAGUUGUAUGUCAGACCUGAUAAGUGACUACACUGAAACCACAUUACCUCUGCAACCCUAACUGUUCAUCUGUUGUGAGGAAGUUAUGUGUAUCUUAGGGUCAUAUUUGUAUAAUUUAGAAGAGAUAAGUUAAUCAGUUCGUGUGUGUGUGUGUGUGUGUGUGUGUGUGUGUGUGUGUGUGUGUGUGUGUGUGUGUGUGUGUGUGUGUGUGUGUGUAAAACCAAAUAUCCAGUAUCUUGUCAACAAACAUUGAUAAUGUAGAAUUAGAAAUCAUGAGGAGAAAAGUCUGUUUUUAAGAUUUUCUUUAAAACGGCUCAACUUAGUUUACAUGUACAUUUAUUGUGUGUAUUUGUCAUGUUUAUGUUGAAAUGUGUUGCUAUUUGACUAAUUUAGCUGUUUUCAGUCUUUCAUAAAUGUUGCAAUUAUAUCACUACUGUGUGAUUUUAUGGCCACGACAAUCAUGAGGUGAAAACCUGAGAUCCUAACAGCCUUUCUUGUCCUUUCUUCUUCUUUUGUUUUUAUUUUUUUGGACAAAACUAUGAACAGCUUGCUUUUCUUGAUCUGUGGUUUGCUUGGCUGACAAAUGAGAAAGCAAAUUGAAAAUCUGCAACGGUUGGUGAUUUUUAUCCACUGUGGGGAAGCUUACGCAAGAUGAAAACCACACUGUCUGUGAAGAUUGUGGAAGGUUGAACUUUUUUCAGGUCAAUUUUCCAUUUUGGUUUCAACCUGAGAUCAAAAAGAUUCUUUAUGAUUUUUCUUCCUUUAUUGAUUUUUUUUCUAAAUCAAUUUCUUUUUGAGUGGUUUUGACUUAAUUCCAUUUGUGUUUAAUUUUAACCUCACAGAGUUAUUUUAAUUUUCUGCUGUUUGUUAAUGAAUAAUUACACAGUCCGUGUUCUCUUUCACCUGAUUGUACCAGAGGAACGCCACACUGGACCGCUCACCUUCACAGAGAAACUGCACACCAUCAAAGUGAGUUAACUUUUCACUCUGAUACAAACCCCUUCAUUUUGAAAGUAUUUGUUUGCACUGAUAUUUGUCUUGUUUUCUGAGAGCAGGGCCUGUUGAAGUUUGUGUUUCCUCUUGGACUUGUCUACUUUGCAGAGUAUUUCAUAAACCAGGGCCUGGUGAGUUCUCUAGUCCAGCCAAACCCUCUGUACUUCUGCUCUUUGAAGCUAUGCAACAACAUAUUUAUGUAUUUCAAGAGUAUGAACUUAUUCACAUUUGACAUGUUCUCUUUGCACUAUUUCCAAUCAAAUAAUGAUUUCUGAGCUAUGGAAUCCUGUUUUAAUCUACACUUUACACAGAUUUUAUGGAAUUACAAAUACUCCGAUCCUUAAACCAGCUAAAACCAAACGUCCCUUUUCUUAUUUAAUAUUUAAACUAAUAAAUUUGUUCCUUUUUUUCCAGAUGGAGCUCCUGUAUUUCCCAAACUUCUUCCUGUCGCACGCACAACAGUACCGCUGGUUAGUAUACCUUAUCUUCAUUUUAUUCUGAAGGAUUGUCUUUGUUUAUAUUGUACCUAUGGACUCCUUCACUGUGUGUGUUCAGGUACCAGACUCUGUACCAGGUGGGCGUGUUGGUGUCUCGAUCGUCUCUGUGCUGCUUUAAGAUCAGAAAACUGUUGGCUCUCUCUCUGCUACAGGUGAGAAACAGAAACUAUUGCGCAAAACAAAAAAAAAAACAUAUUUUGGUGGAGAAAACAAAGCUGUUUGGUACUUGAUAAGUCAAUUAAGUCAGGUAACAAUCAAGUCAAGGUAGAAUAAUGACAAAGUCAAAGGUAGUUGCUUGAUUGGUGCAUUUAUAACCUGAAGCUUAUUGGGUUUGUUGCCUGAGCUACAAAAGUGCAUCAGAAAACAUUUUAAAAGUUGUUAAAAGGAAUGUUUUCAAGUUUAUUUGUGAGACUCAGGGAUAAAAGUUCAAACAAUAAUAACUGCUGGAAAAUAAUCAUCUCUCAUGUUUUUCUCAAUCUUUGUGAGUGAACCUGUGAUUUAAUCGCCUUUCCCCAUAUGCACCAAACAGUAACCGCACAGGGAUGCAAAGAGAAAAGAAAGCAGAUGUUUGUCUGGACUCUUUCUUAAAGUUUUGAGUUCACUUUCUUCUGUAUUUUUGAAAAACAUCUAAAAGAAAACAGGGAAACACAAUAUCAGACAAAAACAAAAAGCUGAGAGCUUGUGAAGAAACCCACCUCACAUUGAAAUGAUCAGAAACUAACAAGCUCUGCCUGAGAUAUGGUUAAUACAGUAUAUGUUUGUAAUGCUAAUUGUAUUUUUCAUAUAGAAGAGUUCAUUUCCUGUGUCUUUGCUCCCCUCAGGUGGUGAAUGCUGUGCUGCUCCUGUUGGCUGUUAAAUAUCAGUUCCUGCCCAGUGCCUGGCUGGUGUUUAUUAUCAUCUUCUAUGAGGGUCUUCUGGGUGGAGCUGCAUACGUCAACACCUUCUACUUCAUCAGCAAAGAGGUCAGAUUCAGAGGGCUGCAGUGAAAUAGAAAAACAAAAUCCUCCUGGAGCUGCUGGAUGAACGGCUGAGUGAAGCUGUUGUUUGACUGUGUUUAUCCAGCUGUCUGUCUGUCUCUCUUUUCACAGACGGAAGACAGACAGAGGGAGUUUGCGAUGGCUGCUGCCAGCGUGGGAGACAGUCUGGGCAUCGCUCUGGCCGGACUCGCUGCGUUCCCCGUCCACAGAUACUUCUGUUCCCUGUGAGCCUCCCACACAGCAGCAGCUCGAUGAAUAAGACAGCCGUGGGAGCUUUUCAUUUGAAGGUUUAUUUUCAAUCUGGUAUGAGAGACUAUCUGUAGGAGCAGACUUUACUCCUACAUUAAAGAGAGGCGGUACAAAUGCAAUGUUACCGUACUUUAUCAGAGUCUCAGGUUUCUGUACUCUGCGUAAGUUUUUAUUUUUUUAACCUUUUUACCUCCAACCCUUUAAUUUUAACAGAAAUCUGUACAUAAGACUUUCAUUUUAUGACCAGGUUCCCCUCUGACGCUUUGAUGCGUUUGAGGGGAAUUUUUAUUUUGCAUCUUUGCACACCUCCUUUACAACAUUCAGACUGACUCCAGAUAAAAUGGAUGAGUCAAAAAUGAAUAAAAAAGACCUUUCCUUUGUGUUAAUAUCAGUGAAUCCAGCACCAAAGACUUUUAUGUUAGAUCUGAUUCCAUAAUUGAGUCCAUAACGGCUCUGAGACGCUAAUAAUUCCACCACAAAAGCACUAAAAAAACACGUUAUCUUGUUUUGUUGACCUGUACUUGUGGUGCACAAAGUUCAGGACAGAAACUUCCCAUGUUUAAUCAGUAAAAGGCUUUCGAAGUGAAUGGGUGAGAGCUUUACGGGUGUAGUAAACCUCCUCUAUAGUCUAGUUAUUUUAAUGAAAUAUGAAACGACAACAGAGAAUUCGUACACUAAAAUCAUGACUAAUAAUAUAAUAGCAUUGGACAAAGGGAAUAUAAAAAAUCUGUUUUGUAGGUCAUACACAAACCAUAAUCAGUCUUAAAGAACUUUAAAAGUUAACCCGAAUAAAUCUUAAUGUCUUUCUUUCUUACAAUUUAUAAAAUACAGUUUUUCUUGUUCUUGUUAGAAGCAUUGCAGCAGAGUUCUUGAUUAAAAAUCAUCUGACAAUUAUGAAGCCUGAAGUGACAUAUUUAACAUCUGAUAUGCACUCCUUAUGGAAAGGAUGAUGUAUAGUGAACAGCUGCUUGGGCAAAUUAGAGUCCUUGAAGGGGCAGCAGAACCCCAUAGUCAAGCAAAGAAGAUUGCUGCUCCACUAACAGUGGCACUAGAGGACUCACAGGGGCAUGUUCAGCCGUAUGAAUUCAUCAUUUUAAAAUCCAAACCAUCUUUACACCCAUACUUUGGAUUAGAAUCCUGACAGGGUAACCAAGACCUUAACCCAAAAUUGGGGGGUCAUACUUGCUGUCUAAUUUGCAUAACUACAAGUUUAUUAUACAUUAUCCAGCUUAUAGCCCAACAACAAACUUUACAACUAAAGAAACUGAUUACAAAUUUAGUUUAAAAAGUGAUUUGAUUGGUUUUAAAUGUUUUAUUUCUACAGUUAAAAAAUGUCCCCCUCAUUCCAGUUGGAAAGCUUCUGAUGUAAACAGAUUUUUAUCUGAUCUCUUAUAUCCAUGUGGAAAAAAUUAGCAAUAAACUGACCAUCUCUACUGAAGGCAACAUUAGACAAGGAAAAUGUUUAUGCCGAUAUUUCUGUCCUUUUGGCACAGUGUCAACAGGCAGAGAUGAAAUACUGGACAGGAUUUUGUAUGAAGUGUAAGAUCAGGUUGUCUGUAGUUCCUUUUGCUGUAGGGAAUUAAUUGCUGCAAAAGUGCCUUACUUCUGUUUUUUAUCAAGGAUUAUUAAAGGUCAUUAAUUCUUUUUUUGAGUGGGGUGAUAAUCAGGUGAACGUUCAACAUCACAAAAUAUACGACUUAUUGAAUCACCGUCUGUGGUACUAACUCUCUCAAACUUGUUUUGAUGGAAAGCCGUGCACAUUCCUGAAGUUUUUACUUCCUUCAUUUUAUGUUUGAAUUUUUUAUGCAUUUGUGUCAGCACUAAACAUUUGCUUGUGUAAUCAAAAAUGUUCAUGUCAUUUUGUUGUGGGAUUGAAUUUAACACUGUAAAGAAAAACUGUGAUUAAACAUUUGCAGUGAUUUACUUGUCCAGAAUUCAAUGAAGUCAAACAUUUUGUACUUGUCAUCUUUAGAUGUUAAUAUCUAAGGCAUUUUUUUAUUUUGAUUUGUGGCUCAAAAAUACAUCUGUAAGAUUUGUGUUCUCCUUGUUGACUCGGCCUUUGAAAACAGACACUUUUCAGUCUACUGAACUCACAAAUAAAAAAAGGUGGUUAAAGUGG